AUGACGAGCUGUAUUUUUAGCAACUCGGAAAAGAAAGAACUGCAGAUGUUAAAGAGGCAUUUUAGGGUUACUCAUCCAGGUGUAACCCAACCAGACAGGCUCAUAUACAAAAGGAAGAAGGGGAAGAGGGUGAAACAGGGAAUUUACCUGCAUGGGAAUUACCCCAACUACUUUUACGAAAGGUACUGGAAGAGGAAAAAAAAGUGUGAAGAGAUCUCCCAAGGUGGUGCAGUCACGGAACGUAGCGAAAUCUCCCAAGGUGGGGCAGUCACCGAAAGUGGAGCAGUAACCCAGGGUAGGGAAAUUCCCCAAUGUGGAGCUGUCACCCAAGGUGAAGAUGAAGAGGCCAAAGAGAAGAAAGAAACAGAUAAACAGUGCAAAUCGAAUGAACGAAUUUGCAAGGUGAUGGAAGUUGCUGAUGCGAAUAAGAAGCAAAUCAUCGAUGAUUACAGAUUAACCCACGUGAAUAAUCUGAUGAAGGGGAUUUUUUAUGGUAAGGACAUCCUGGACAUUGGCUGCAAUUGUGGAAUAACCACCUUUUUGCUUAGUCUUAAGUAUAAGUGCCGAGUUGUCAAUGCCAUUGACAUUGAUUGUAACCUCAUUAAUAACAACGUCACUUUGCUGAGAACUUUCAUCGAAUUUGUUUUAGUAUAUAACAGCCAGAACCAUGUUGUCCCUUUUUUCCUGCGCCGCCGUAACUUGACGCAAAUGCAGAGGGAUAUCUUCCUCGAGGUACAUCUCCUGCGGGAAGCGGUAAAAGGGGAAGCGGCAAAGGGCAGAGCGGCGGGGGGCAAAAUGGACGAAGCGGCGGGGGGCAAAAUGGACGAAGCGGCGGGGAGCGAAAUAGACCAAGCCACAGGGGAAAAACCCGAGAGCGACCAAAAAAUGGCCUCCACUCACGAGCGCGUCUUCCCCUUCAAUAUAUAUUUCUCCUGCUCGGACAUUUUUGACAAAGUGUUCCAAACCGCGCACAGCAAGUACGACGUAAUUAUUUGCUUCUCUGUGUUGAAGUGGAUACAUUUGAACCAUGGGGACGCUCAGGUGAUUCUCUUUUUCGAUCGCGUCCACAGUCUUCUAAAAGAAGGAGGGCAUUUCGUCCUGGAGUAUCAUAAAGAGAUAAAAUACAAGGUUAAGAAAUGUGACAGGGAUUAUUACACACACGAGACAAAGCUCAGUUAUAAAAAUUUCGAUGCCAUUGCUCGGGGGGCGUAUCAAAAUAGCAGUAGGAUGAAUCUCGUUGAACGCACGAUUUUUGACGCCAACGCGGAAGAAGGCCCAAGUGGGAGGAAGAAGGAGCCCGGCAUGUUCAGCAGAAUUGUUUGCAUUUUUCAGAAGGUGUAA